AUGUCCAAACGAGAGCGUCAACCCUUAGAAGAAGGCACCGACCGCCCUCCCAAACGUGCUCGACCAGACUUCCAACCUCCCGCCAUCGAAGAAAUUCACUUCGCCCGCCAACUCCAAGACACCCUCGUCUUCCGGCAGGAUGGCCUCCAUCAACUCCGCAACGGCCUCGCCUCUUUCAAAAACUUCCUCGAAUCAAUCCUCUACCACCGCGAACCGGAACUCCGCGCGCGCCAACUCUCCAUCCUGAGAGAAUACCUGCAAACCCAAACCCCCGCCGACGCAAAUGACUACGACCACCCUUUGCUAGGCCAACUCUGGCAGGCGUGGAGUUUUGCAAAUCAGAAUAACAAUGAUCAUCUAGCGGCGAGUAUUGCGGCGAUCUUCGCCCUGCUGCUCAAGACUCUGAGUGGCAUUCUGGAUCUCAGGGAUCAAGGUUUGCUGCUUUGUCGCACUGUUUUGCAGGGCCAGCAUUUGAGACUACUGAAGAGGGCGCUGGAGGCACCGAAGCAUAAGGAUUUUGUGAUUUCUCCGGCUUUGAGGUUAUUGAGUGAGGUUGUGGGGUUUGAUGGGGGUGUUUUGGCGAGGGAGGUUUAUGGGAAGAGGGAGAUGGUUUUUGAUGGGCAGGUUGUGAGGAGGAAUUUGGGACUUGUGAAAGUGGACAUGAGUGAGGAGGAUGCUAAGCGCCGACCGUCGAUACGUACGCUUACGAUGAGGUUGGUUUUGUCGUUACUGAAGUAUCUGCACGAAGGCGGGAAGAUGGACAUCCUGAAGAACCGCCCUUUGUGUGGAGCGUUGUUUCAGCAUUUGAGAGAUGAUCCGGCGGAGUUGGUCACCGAGCUCUUGACGACUGUGGAGACGAAUGUGCUGAAAGACGGGGAGUUGCCACGGUCGUCAAAGGCGGCAAUCUUGAGCAGCCAAAAUCUGGAGAGGGUCACGGAGAUUGCGGCGAGGAGUGGAGAGGAGCACGCGGCGAGAGAGAAAGCUUUUGCGUGGUUGAAAGCUGUGUGCACGAAGCCGGAGUAUGGCGUGUUGAGGGACAGUGGGUGGUAUCCGCCUGGCACGACGAGUUCGGAUGCCGCGGCGAGUGCGUCGAUUGAUCUUGGACUGGACAGCAUUGAGUUCUACGACUCCGGCGAACCGCUGAAUAUCCGCAACACGACACUGCUAUCCUGGACGGCCACUCUCCGCGCGAACUCGGACGAGCGAGAGAGGGACUUACUCCUGCUAUGCUUCAAAUCCUCGCCGGAACUGGUGGCGGCGUACUUUGCUGAACGAACGAUGCAAAUGGAUCCCAAGCUGACCAAUACCUGGAUCGGCUACGCUUCUUUGCUCUUCGAAAUCGUCGCUCUCCCUGUCCCCGCGCACCUCGGAAACGAAGACAGUCGCGCCGAACUCCCCGCCCAGACGUCCAUUAUGAUCGAAAAUAUCGUCCCUCGCCCGUUAAAUCAGAAAGUGCUGGUCAAAUGCCUUCACCAAAGCAAUGACCUGAUCACUUUCUUCGCUAUUCGAUUCCUCGUGCUAGCGUUCCAGAAAUUGGCAUCCGUCAUUGCGGAGAUGCAACCACAAGCAAGCUCCAACACUCUCUGGAGAGAAGCCGAAUCUCGACUCCGCCAACGCUUCGCAUCUCGAUGCCCGCCUAUGAAAGAGAUCAUCGCCACAUACCGGAAGAUACCAGAUGACUACGAGCAUGCUAUGCAGCGGGAAGCGGCGACGAGGCUGUUAUGGCUGUACUACGAGCUGCUGCCGCUGCAAGCGCUGGAGGAGCAGUUUGAUGUUUCGACUACGUUGACUUCGGCGUUGGUGGCGAGUGAGACGCCUGCCGCCAGGGUACCGGCUGAGUUGCAAGCGUUGAGGAACCUGGAAUUGGAGCAUCUGCUUGCUGUUGCGAGGUAUAGUACGGGCAUGAAGUGGUUCCAUAAGCAAGGCGGGCUGGGGUUGUUGGAGCAUGUGCUUGUGGAAAACAAUGUGCUCUCGGUCAACGCGACUUCUGAGCACGAGACGACCACCCUGGAUGUGCUGAUGGCGAGUCUACUCCCGCUCGAGGAUGCGAGUCCAGUAUGGGAGUUCUUGGACGAUCUGAUCGGAAGGGCGACGAGGAAGCCUGUGAAGUAUCUGGACGAUCUGGAUGGGAUUUCUAAGGAGAGGGAUGAGACGAGUUUGCUUGUUGCUGUGAUGUUAGAGCAGGCGAGCUUCGUGGCGAAGGAUUCGGGUGCAGAGGGCACGGCGAAGGCGGAGUGGAUCGAAGAAUUCCUUGCUCUGUUGGGGAAGCAUACCGCCGAAGACGCCCGUGUCCUGAAGCACAUCACCAAGAGGAUCAGAGCACUCUCAGGAUGGAAAGCGAAGAAAGCGAAGCACGAAUCCGCUACUUACCUGGAAGCCGUCACUCUGCCUCCCACUUCCGCUUCCGCCGACGAAACCUCCCUCGCCGAACCACCAAAGCCCACCGAAUCGACACUGCCAUACCCCUCUACACCACGGGAGCCUGACAGCCAUCCCGAGCUAACCCGCUGGUCCCUCAAAGAUCUCGACCUCGCCCUCACCGAAGGCGACAUCUCCUCUCUACUCCUCUGCCUCUCCUCCCAGCAUCCCUCCAUCCGCGCGCAAGCCGUCACGCAACUCCGCAAACUCCACUACUCCCUCCCCGCGUACCCAAACCUCCCUUCAGUCCAGCAAUUGACCCUGCUCAUCGGAGAAGUGCUCGAGACCUUCGCGCAGCAGUACACGAAUCCUGGCGUGCCGAUGCCGUAUUUGGCGACUUGUUUCGCGGGAAGGGCGGUGGAUGUGCUGGGAAAUCCGGCGAGUGUGAUUUAUCCGAAAUUGAACAGAUACCUUAUUCGGGGACCGGAGUGGAGAGUUGGGAAGAUGCCGGGGUAUUGGUUGAGUAAUACGCUGACUUCUCUGCCUGAGGAAGACGAUGGGUAUUGGAAGGAGGUGCAGUGGGUGUUGGACUGGCUUGUUGAUGGACUACGCAGUGUGGAGGAUCUGGAGAUUUUGAGGCGUGGCGGGACGUUUGAGAAGGUUUUUGCUUUGAGUGGGUGUAGUCCGGGGGUGAGGAAGAGUGUGAGCGAGAGGGUGGGCGAGUUGGUGUACAGAGCUGGGUGUGUGGAGGGGGGAGCGGAGGUUUUGAUUAAGAGGACCGGGGUGUUGAGUUGGUUACAGGGUGGUGGUGAGGGGGAGAGGGCGUUGAGGGAGUGGUUGGUGGAGAGGUGUGAGGGUGGGGGAGUUGGGGAGUGGAGCGGUGGGAUUGUUGGUGGUACGAAAGAGGAGGCCGACGAGUAG